CUCCCGCCGGCGGCCGCCGCUGUCAGGAUGAGGCGGAGGAGGCGGAGGCCCAGGCCGGCAGCUCCCGUCUCUCGCCGGGGCCCCCUGGCGUAGCGGUUCCCGCUUCGACGCCGCGGCUGGAGGCGGAGGAGGCCGCGGCGGCGCCGCCGCCCGCCCGCCGGAGCCAUGGCCCAGCCCGGCCCGAGCUCCUCGACGGACGUUGCUCUUCUACAACGGGUAGCAGAAUUGGAAAAGGUCAAUGCAGAAUUUCUGCGUACAAAGCAACAGCUUGAGCAAGAAUUUAAUCAAAAGAGAAGAAAAUUUAAGGAGUUAUAUUUGGCUAAGGAAGAGGACCUGAAAAGACAAAAUGCAGUGCUGCAAGCAGCCCAAGAUGAUCUGGGACAGUUGCGGACCCAGCUGAUGGAAGCUCAUGCUGAAAUGGAGAACAUCAAAGCUAUCGCUACAGUUUCAGAGAAUACAAAGCAGGAGGCUAUCGACGAGGUGAAGAGACAGUGGCAGGAAGAAGUAGCUUCACUCCAAGCUAUUAUGAAAGAGACUGCUCGUGACUACGAGCUCCAGUAUCAUCACCGGUUGGAGCAAGAAAGAGCUCAGUGGAAUCAAUAUCGAGAAAAUGUGGAACGGGAAAUAGCAGAUUUAAGAAGGCGACUGUCUGAAGGUCAAGAGGAAGAAAACCUAGAAAAUGAAAUGAAAAAGGCCCAGGAAGACGCUGAGAAGCUGCGUUCGGUUGUGAUGCCCAUGGAGAAAGAGAUUGCAGCACUAAAGGAGAAAUUGACGGGAGCUGAAGAAAAAAUAAAAGAGUUAGAAGCAUCAAAGGUUAAAGAACUCAACCAUUAUUUGGAAGCUGAGAAGUCAUGUAGGACAGACUUAGAGAUGUACGUGGCUGUUCUCAACACACAAAAAUCAGUCCUGCAAGAGGAUGCAGAGAAGUUGCGGAAAGAACUGCAUGAAGUCUGCCACCUCUUAGAGCAAGAGCGGCAACAGCACAACCAGCUGAAACACACCUGGCAAAAGGCCAAUGACCAGUUCCUGGAGUCUCAGCGCUUGCUGAUGCGGGACAUGCAGCGUAUGGAAAUUGUUCUGACCUCUGAGCAGCUCCGACAAGUUGAAGAGCUGAAAAAAAAGGAUCAGGAAGAAGAUGACCAGCAAAGGCUUAGCAAGAGAAAGGAGCAGAAGCAAAAAGAUUCAGAUGAUGAAACAAAAGCUUCAUGUUCUCUAGCCCCUGAGGAAACCCUUGCCCAGCUCUCUAAUGAAGAGGUGCAGGUAAAUAGCACCCACGGCUCAGUCCAUUCACUGGAUGCAGACUUGCUUCUUUCUUCUGGCGAAUCUUUCAAUAAAUCUGAGAAUGAUAUGUUCAAAGAUGGACUACGGAGAGCACAGUCAACAGACAGUCUGGGGACAUCUGGAUCUUUACAGUCCAAAGCUUUAGGAUACAACAACAAAGCAAAAUCUGCCGGGAACCUGGAUGAGUCAGAUUUUGGACCACUCGUUGGAGCAGAUUCAGUGUCUGAGAACUUUGAUACAGCUUCCCUUGGGUCUCUGCAAAUGCCAAGUGGGUUCAUGUUAACCAAAGAUCAGGAAAAAGCAAUCAAAGCAAUGACACCAGAGCAAGAAGAGACUGCGUCACUUCUUUCCAGUGUUACACAAGGAGUAGAAAGCGCUUACGUAUCUCCUAGCGGUUACCGCUUAGUUAGCGAGACAGAGUGGAACCUGCUGCAGAAGGAGGUGCAGAAUGCAGGGAACAAGCUGGGAAGACGCUGUGAUAUGUGCUCGAAUUACGAGAAGCAGUUGCAAGGGAUCCAAAUUCAGGAGGCUGAGACAAGAGACCAGGUGAAAAAGCUGCAGGUGAUGCUGAGGCAGGCUAAUGACCAACUGGAAAAGACAAUGAAAGAUAAACAGGAAUUGGAGGAUUACAUGAAACAAAGUGCUGAAGACUCCUCUAAUCAGAUCUCUUUGCUUAUGGCUAAGUGUCAGAAGUCAGAGAACUUCCUCAGUGAACUGCAGCAGGCGUUUUUGCAAGCAAAGAGGAGCGUCCAGGAGCAAAUGGCUGUCCUGACGCAGUCAAGGGAGCAGGUUUCAGAAGAGCUGGUGAGACUGCAAAAAGAUAAUGAAAGUCUUCAAGGAAAACAUAGCUUGCAUGUGUCUUUACAGCAAGCUGAAGAUUUCAUCCUACCGGAAGCAGCAGAGGAGCUCCGUGAGCUGAUUUUAAAAUAUCGUGAAGACAUAAUUAGUGUGCGAACAGCAGCAGAUCACCUGGAGGAGAAACUCAAGGCAGAGAUUUUAUUCUUAAAAGAACAGAUUCAAGCUGAACAAUAUUUGAAAGAAAAUAUAGAAGAAACUCUACAGCUGGAAAUAGAGAAUUGCAAAGAGGAAAUAGCUUCCAUUUCCACUUUAAAAGCUGAACUGGAAAGAAUAAAAGCAGAAAAGGAACAGUUGGAAAGUUCUUCACAGGAAAACCUGCAGCGGCUGGAGAGUCUGCAGGAAACGAAAAACACUCUAGAAGAACAGCUGAAGAAGGAGACAGCAGCCAAGGCAAACCUUGAACAGCUGGUAUUUGAAGAGAAGAACAAAGCUCAACGGUUGCAGACUGAAUUAGAUGUCAGUGAGCAAGUGCAGAGAGAUUUUGUAAAGCUUUCUCAGACGCUUCAGGUGCAGCUGGAGCGGAUCCGGCAGGCGGAUUCCCUGGAGAGAAUCCGUGCGAUCCUGAACGACACAAAACUGACGGACAUUAAUCAGCUCCCUGAAACAUGACACCCUGACGAGCGGGCUCCGAGGCUGCAUUGGGGGUUUUUAACUCAUCUUUAUAGCAACAUUAAUUAUUAUUUAACUCUAACCAAAAGAGCAGAAGACAACAGAGAGGAGCAAUGACUAAGUUUUGUUUCUAGAGGGGAAAAAGGUUUCGUACUGGGCAGGAAGAGAGCACAAGGGUGACUUGCAGUGUAGGAAGGAGAACUUUCUAAUGGAAACACUAAUGAGUGCGGUGUUUCGUGUUCCACCGAGUGGGAUCAGUCCUUACAUUCUGAAAAACUUCCCCUCUUUCAGCCGACUUCGUAACCUAAUAUAGAGUUUUGGAACAUUUAUCCCCCCGUCUUUCCCUCUUUCCUGUCCCCCCACUACUGUGAUCAAAGUAGCUGCUGGAAACCGUAUUGUCCCUUCAAAACGUUGAAGAGCAAAGUGGUUGAAGUUUUUCUGUUUGAAUAGUCAGUAACAGUAUUCAGCUAGCAGAGAGAAUGAGGUGUAGAGUAUGCUGUAUGAAUAUUUUAUAUUAAAAUAUGACUUUAUUAGCAGGACACUGGAUAUUGAUCUUUUUUCGUAACUCAGUACUUUUUUCCUUUGUUGUUGUUGUUGUUUUGCCAUUGACUUUGUGUUGAAGAACCUGAAUGCUGCUGAAAUGUGGUGGACCCGAGUGAGCUGGGUGUCUCCUGAACAGAUAAACGCUCAUCCAAAAAAACCCGAAAAAUGUACUGAGAAUUUAGCUCCUUCAAGUUUUUCCGUUGGAUUCUGAUACUUAACGAAAAGCACAAGAAAUGCACUGUUUUGUAGUCUCUUUUCACAAGUGUAAUUGAGAAUCUGGAACUGUGACUGGUUCUUUCUCAUCUCUAAAGCUGAGCAGUACCUGGAAUCCCUUCUCUGUGUUAAAAACAAAUAAGCCGGUAUAUAUCCUAUGCAUUGCCUGAACGCGGGGUUUUUGCAGGUCUGCUGUGCUGACACGGCGUGUAAAGCCGGUGUAAACGUGCCGCUGUUCCCUGGCUGGCACCACCGGAAGGUGCGGGAUGAAGCGCUGAGCGUGACCCACGUGUUGUGGGUCUGGACGGUGUGUGGAGCAGCAUCUGCACCCCAGAGCACAACACGAACGCGCAGGAGCCGCACGGGUCUGCUGGUUCACGUAUGAGAGGUACCGUGCAGCUCUUUCUGCAAAGUACAGCACCGUGUAUCGCUCCGUGUUGACUCCUGCACUGUCCCCUGUUUCUAUAACCAUCUGUUUAAAUUACACUCUGUAACACGACAGCGGAGGUGAGAAAUUCUUGUCAUGGAUCAGGUGUAAGUUUGGGUUUCUUGUUCUUUAAAUGUGUGGCGCCAACAUGACCGUUCUUCCUCCUUUUCUCUCCUUUUGUCGGCAUUCCCUGCGCGCAGUUGGAUAGCGGUGGCUUCACGUGCGGUCACAGGUAUUGUUAAUUCUAGUGGUGCAAACAGAUUUUGAACUGGCCCUUCCUUACAACUCCAUUAAAAGAAAGGAGGCUGAAGGAGCAGAUCACUCCUGUCCAGAAUUUAUAACUUAGACUUUCCUCCUUUACUUAUUGUUUUCUUUAUAUACUUGACCUGAAGGUGAUGAAGAAAACCAGAAGUGACAGAAAAUGCUUCCAACUGUAAUGCACAUGACUAUAUUUUAAGUCCUUAAAUCUGAUUUUUAGCAGUGUAUAUCCUCCUUCUAGCAGUGGUUUUGAAGAGGAAUGCCUUAAAAACAGCCAAGCAGCAGCAUACAAACUCAAUCCCUUGUCACUCAUUGCAAGAAUUAAAGCAUUUUAUUCACCCUAGCAAUUAAUUCCUUUCAUAAUCCUGACACCCAAAGCCAUUUUCCCUACCUUAGUAAUGACUAGACUAGGGAUGGCAGAGCUGUCAUCUUAAGGUGACACUUCAUGUGCAAGUGAAACUGAAAUGUGGCUUAGGUUCUUUAUUAAUUGACUAUUACCAGAUUUUGUGGGGGUUUUUUUAACCUUUCUCACCAUUUGCUGAACUAUGAGGUGACAGCAGCUGCCUCCUGGUGCAUAAAUCAAAUAUCGGAUGUUUUGCGAUGUUUUGCGUUCACUUUUCCAGGAAUUAGGGUCCGAUCCUGUUGUGUAAACUUUGGAGACAAAAGCAAAAUAGGCCUUUAUUAGGAACUGCAGAAUGAAAAGCUUUUUCCUGUGUUUCCUUCCUUCCCAAAAACUGACUUUACCUGGUUCCUGGUACUUCACCUGUGCAGCGGUGAUGAAGGGAGCCUGGUGUUGUGCAGUGAAACGACAGCAAAUCCUGUACGUCCCUUCAGCCAGCUGGACACGUGAGGAAAUGCACAUGAAGGUCCGUGCAGAACAAUAAUUUUGAGUUGAGUUUCUGGGCUGUCCCCCUAGUCUGAGCGAGCAGGAGGCUCUUGGCCUUUUGGCGUCCCUUGCUGGCCGUGUGUCGGUGCCCAUCCCCAGCAGCCCUGCCCUCCUGUGUGCUUGGAACAGGCGGAGCCAGCUGUUGUAGCGGUUCAAAUAGCUCAGGGCUGGCGUGGCUUUUCCUUAGUGUAUUUUUUACGAAUCGUCGAUGUGACGAGCGGAGCUCCCGCGGAGUUGCUGGAUGCGGUUUUGCACGCGUGUGCGUGAGCACUGGCGCGUUGCUGUGGGUGGAGGAAGCGGCAGGCGCGGAGGCGGCUGAGCUGAGACCUGGUGCCGGCCACCAGCUCCCGGCUCUUACACCAGGCACCCAAAGAACUCGCUCUUGGUGCGGAGAGGAAGGGCGUAGCUACCGUGUGGUUCUUUCCCUUUUUACCACCUUAUUUCCAUCAUGCACCCCAACACCUUUACUCCUGUUUUAAGUACCGGCUGUGACCAUUUUAGAGAUGAAACAAGAGUGAGAUUUUUCACCAGCCGGUGCAAGUUUCUGGUUUUUAAAUUAGAAACCUGUUUGCAGCGGUGGUGGAGAUGCUCACUGUGCUCACAGCUGCCCUGGAGGGCUGUAUCUCCAGGAACUCCAGCUGCUGCUCCACUGCAGAAACUUCAAUGGGCCUUUAAUAACAAAACAGUGUGUGCCAAAUUUGCAGAGCAAAUUUAAAACACUGUAAAUUGUUGUAGAUACUGGGUGGAUUAUGGUGGUAUAAGUUGUAAAACAAAUACUCUUUCCUCCCGUCCUUGGUGUUCUGGAGCGCGAUUGGAGUGGGCAGUAGGUUCUCCUCGCUUAGUAAGAGAUUCUUACCAGGCACUAAUCGUAACCUGGCAGAUCAGCUAUGAUAUGCAUGGAUUAGAAACCUGGAUUCUGUUCACAGAGGCUGUAAAAGGGAUGAGAUCCGGUUUUGUAUGCAUUCCUAUACUUGUAUAGUCUUAAUCUGUACAAAAACCAAGUGUUCUUGCAGCAUGUCCGGUAACCUUGUUACCUAACAGGUACUAACAGCUCCCUCUUUUCCUUACAGCUCUAUCGGGCACCUCUUACCGUGCCCCUUUUGUAGCGUGCAGUGCGACUUUUCAAAACUGAGCUCGACCGUGUCACCUUUUCUAAGGGCUGGGGGGAGGGGACAACAGUUAUUUAUUGUCCACUAAGGUUUGUCUACAGCAGAUAAAAAUUGGCCUUUGAAUGUCAAGAGGGACUCCAGUGCCAUCUUUUGCUAAAGGCAAACCGAGUGUUUGGAAGUUAAUACUGCAUUCCGGUGAACCGAGCCAUUGGUGUCCUGUGCAAUUGUGGGUGUAGAAUUCUGCUGUCCUCAGGAUUCAAGUGUAACCAUUUGUUAACUGUGUUGAAGGUGUGUCCUUUAUGAAGAAAAGUGUUCCAAAUUAAAAAGAGCUGCUGAAGUGUG